CUAUAAAGGGGCGGGCGCCGCGGGCCGGCUUUGUGGAACGCUGCGGAGGGCGCGCGUCGAGCUGUGGCCGCCGAACAAAGGAGCAAGGCGCCGCCUCGGGGACACCCACCGAUCUCCCGGGCCGCGCCGGCCUCGCCCGCCGCCACCAUGACCUCCAACGGCACGGCCGAGGCGGUGCAGAUCCAGUUCGGCCUCAUCAAUUGCGGCAACAAGUACCUGACGGCCGAGGCUUUCGGGUUCAAGGUGAACGCCUCGGCUAGCAGCCUGAAGAAGAAGCAGAUCUGGACGCUGGAGCAGCCGCCCGACGAGGCGGGCAGCGCGGCUGUGUGCCUGCGCAGCCACCUGGGCCGCUACCUGGCGGCCGACAAGGACGGCAACGUGACCUGCGAGCGCGAGGUGCCCGGCGCCGACUGCCGCUUCCUCAUCGUGGCGCACGACGACGGCCGCUGGUCGCUGCAGUCCGAGGCCCACCGGCGCUACUUCGGCGGCACCGAGGACCGUCUGUCGUGCUUCGCGCAGACUGUGUCGCCGGCCGAGAAGUGGAGCGUGCACAUCGCCAUGCACCCGCAGGUCAACAUAUACAGCCUGACCCGCAAGCGCUACGCGCACUUGAGCGCGCGACCGGCCGAUGAGAUCGCCGUGGACCGCGACGUGCCGUGGGGCGUCGACUCGCUCAUCACGCUGGCCUUCCAGGACCAGCGCUACAGCGUGCAGACGGCCGACCACCGCUUCCUGCGCCACGACGGGCGCCUGGUGGCCCUUCCCGAGCCCGCCACCGGUUACACGCUCGAAUUCCGCUCCGGCAAGGUGGCCUUCCGCGACUGUGAAGGCCGCUACCUGGCGCCGUCGGGGCCCAGCGGCACGCUCAAGGCGGGAAAGGCUACCAAGGUGGGCAAGGACGAGCUCUUUGCUCUGGAGCAGAGCUGCGCCCAGGUCGUGCUGCAGGCGGCCAACGAGAGGAACGUGUCCACGCGCCAGGGCAUGGACCUGUCAGCUAAUCAGGAUGAAGAGACGGACCAGGAGACGUUCCAGCUGGAGGUUGACCGUGACACCAGAAAGUGCGCCUUCCGCACCCACACGGGCAAGUACUGGACAAUGACAGCCACUGGGGGCGUGCAGUCCACCGCCUCCACCAAGAACACCAGCUGCUACUUUGACAUCGAGUGGCGUGAUCGGAGGAUCACACUGCGUGCGUCCAAUGGCAAGUUUGUGACAGCCAAGAAGAAUGGGCAGCUGGCUGCCUCAGUGGAGACUGCAGGAGACUCGGAGCUGUUCCUCAUGAAGCUGAUCAACCGCCCCAUCAUUGUGUUCCGUGGGGAGCAUGGCUUCAUCGGCUGCCGCAAGGUCACAGGCACCCUGGACGCCAACCGCUCCAGCUAUGAUGUCUUCCAGCUGGAGUUCAACGACGGCGCCUACAACAUCAAAGACUCCACGGGCAAGUACUGGACAGUGGGCAACGACUCCUCAGUCACCAGCAGCAGUGACACCCCUGUGGACUUCUUCUUCGAGUUCUCUGACUACAACAAGGUGGCCAUCAAGGUGGGCGGGCGCUACCUGAAGGGAGACCACGCGGGGGUCCUGAAGGCCUGUGUGGAGACCAUCGAGCCUGCCACGCUGUGGGAGUACUAGGCUUGCAGCCCCAUCCCUGCCCUUCCUACAUCCCUCCUGCUAACUCUUCUCCAGGUGGGCUCCAAGGCAGGUGGUGAGCCCCUUGCCUUUCAAACUGGAAACCCAGAGAAAAUGGUGCCCCCACCUGUUGCCCCGUGCCUGGUCCUGGAGGGAUUUCAGGUCCCUCUGCCUUGUCUUCUCUGCCAUGUGCGAGGCUAGCACCUCUUUAUUCUGACCUCAGAUGACUCUGAGCCUUAUUUCCCCGAAGUGGCCAAGGAGAAGUGGGGGCCUGGGAGGCCUUCCCGGCCCCUAGGUGUGGUGGAGUGCAUAACUGGAAUCUUCUGCCCCCUCCCAAAAACCUCUCCCCACCACUUCCCAGGAGCCGGGCAUUUGCCCCAAGCCUGCUGGUGGCCUCUGGUCUCCCCUCCCCCGGUGCCCUAUCCCUGUGUACAGGGUGGGGCUUGAACUAGUGUGCUAGUCACGGCUUGGCCUCUGCCUGCCUGUCCGUGGCACACCCCGCUGUAGGCCAGGGCCUGCUCCUUUCUUUUCUUAACCCUGGCCUGACUGGAAGCAGAAAACAACCAAAUCAGUAUUUUUUUUAAAAAUGAAAUAUCAUUGCUGGAGGUUCCCCAGACAAGCUUGGUUAUAGCCAUGAGUGUUCUUCAAGGGGUCUUGGGUAGGGGGCAGGGGGGUUUCAAGAUGGCAUCUCUGGUGCCCUCUCUGCCCACUAGUGGCAGAGCAGGUGGGUUCCUCCUCAAAUCUAGAACCUGAUCCCACCCACCACCUCAGGGGCUCUAGCUGGCCUCUCCCACCCACUAUCCUAGCUCAGGCUGUGUCCCCACCUGGGUGGGCCUCUCACCCCCACAGCCAGAGCCCCCUGUGUGAUUGGUGCUCCUCGUUUGACUGGACUCCUCGGCUCAGGGUGGGAUGAAGCCAGGCAUACCCUUGUCCUGGAGCCUUCAGUGGGGAGCCCCCUGGCUCCUUGGCCCUGCCCUCACCAGCUCCCCCCACCACUGGUUCAUCUCCACCAUGCAUCUCACUCUGGGUGUCUUGGUCUUUUAUUUUUUUGUAAGUGUCAUUUGUAUAACUCUAAGUGUCCACGAUAGUAGCUUCAGACUGGAAAAAGAGCAAAAUAAAAUAACUCAGUGUGCA